UAUGUGUUAGUAAAUCCUUUAAACCCUGUUAAAUUUUUUAACAGAACUUCAGAAGAAUUUCACAAGAGUAGGUACCGCGUGAGAGAUAACAGGUGUGCAAGAAUAUGGAAAACCAAUCAGACAGAAAGAAGUUGCCCGAUAUUAGCGACUUCCGUAGACGACAAGAAACUGUUAAAUUCGGAUUUAGGUGGAAUUUGAUAAAAUACUUCCGUCAAUAUACAAACCGUACUGGAAUACAUGGCUUUUUGUAUUUAGGAGAAGAAAAAAGACCCAUUUUUGAAAGAAUAUUCUGGAGCUUUUGGUUAGGAAUCAGUAUCAUCUUAUGUAGUGUGCUGACCUUUAAAACGUGGGAGAAAUGGGACUCAAGCCCGGUUAUUGUAAGCUUUUCCAAAGCUCCAACUUCCAUUUGGAAAAUACCUUUCCCCGCAGUAACGAUUUGCCCAUACACGAAAUCCACUUACGGAAUGUACAACUAUACGGAAUCUCUUAAUAAAUUCAUGGACGGGGUCAACUUUACUGAGGCUGAAGCUAAGAAUUUCUCCGCAAGCUCCCUUGUUUGUGACAAUUAUCUUUAUUCGGAAGGUAAUAAGACAAUUGGAUUGGACGCAAUAGAUCACAUAACAGCUAUUGCCCCGGAAGUGAAAAAUAUAUUAUUUCAAUGUAGAUGGGACUUACAUCCAGAAAACUGCAGUGUAACGUUCAGAAAAAUUCUUACAGAAGACGGAUUAUGUUAUACUUCUAAUAUGUUAGGGAGAAAGGAAUUCUUUAAUGAUAACGUGUAUUUGCAUUAUGAUAUGGCAGAAGGCGAAAGCAGUCAGGGAUGGUCACUACAAGAUGGGUACCCAGACACUGCCAACAAGGACAGUUUCCCAAGACGUGCUAAAUUCGCUGGUUUCACCGGAUCCCAAGUGUUCGUCCUAACAGAUUUUGAUCAAAACCUAGAUUAUUCCUGCAAAGGACCAAUUCAAGGAGUCAAGAUUAUACUUCACAAUCCAGCCGAAAUGCCCAGGGUUCGCGCAAAUUAUCUACAGGCUCCGCUUAAUGAAGAACUGCUUGUAAUUAUAACUCCUGAUAUGAUGACAACUUCGGAUGCCGUACACAAAUAUAACCCGCAUAAGAGAGAAUGCUUCUUCCCCAACGAAAGACAUCUAUCGUUUUUCCAGGUUUACACGCAACAGAACUGCGAAUUUGAAUGUCUGACAAACUAUACUUUGGCAAAGUGUGGAUGCGUUGCUUUCUAUAUGCCUUAUGAAAAGUCAACACCUAUUUGUGGGCCUGGAAGUAUGAAAUGUAUGUUAGAAGCAGAAUCUGAAUUGAUAAGUCAAACAGUAAACUACGGUCCCUCCGAGAUGAAGUUGGACGAUGAAAGUUCAGAUGUUCACGGGUUUGUCUGUGACUGUCUACCUGCUUGUAGUUCAUUGGCGUAUAACGCUGAAUUCAGCCAGUCGCGCUUCAACUGGCGUGAACUUUUUAUGGCAUUUAGAGAAAAUAUGAGCGAACUUCCAGGUGUACAAUUUUCUCGAGUGACUAUCUACUUCAAGGAGUCACAGUUCAUACCGUCUGAGAAAAAUGAACUAAUUGGUGUUGCAGACUUUUUAGCUAACUGCGGUGGAAUUAUUGGUCUGUUUAUUGGUUUCUCUUUUCUCUCUUUGAUAGAGUUGAUUUAUUUCUUAUCGCUAAGACUCGUAUGUAACCUCAAGAUGUACGGGAAACGUCAUUGGUCUGGUUCUUCCACAUGCGAUAGUAACAGAGCAAUAUAUUAACAUAUGUAUCUCAUAGAAAGUAAUUUAUACGCGAUAGAGACUUUUUUAGUUUAGAACACAUUAAGAUAUAGAAGUGCAGAAAGUUCAAAUUAGGAAGAUUUAGCUUUUACAAUAUUUUAAGUUUAAGGUAAUUGCAUUAAUGACAAUUAGUCUAGGAUAUGUUGCCCAAGCAAAUAUAUUGCGAUUUAGCCGAACUUACCUUAGUCCAAAAGUUG